AUGUCCUCAAACAACAUUAUGACUUCAAGGCCCCGAACAGAGAACAGGCACUCGUGGUUCGAGCAUAUUGCGGUGGCAGGAGAAACCAACGUAGACAUCGUCGCUGUUCCACCCAUCGGCGCCUACCAUAGAAAGACAUGGACAGCCCAUGGUGCCAAAUCAUCCUGGUUAGACACAGAAUUGCUUCAACAUCUGCCUCGCGCUCGAGUCCUUCUAUACAACUAUGGCGAACUCAAUGAACACGAUAAAAUCGACUCUCUAGGUCAACAGCUGCUGAACCAACUCCUAAGUGAGCGGAAACAUGAUAGCUCCCGACGGCCAAUAUUUCUCAUCUGCCACAGCACCGGCGGCCUCGUUGUGAAAGCCGCCCUGGCCCUGGCAUCGCGGGCCGAGCCGAGUUCCCUACUCACGAGCUGCUACGGCAUCGCAUUCUUUGCAACACCGCAUCAGGGGUCCACCUAUCUCUCCGCUGAGGAGUAUGCAACCAGUAUCCGCCAUGUGUUGCAUCUGGAACACGAGAGUCCCCACGCUCUCAGAGAACAGUUCCGUCCCCGCCAGGAACGACUAUGGCAUCUGUCUAACCAGUUCAAGACCCUUUCCGCUGAUAUGAAGGUCUGGUCUUUUCUCGAGACUAUUGACUCGACCAUGCAUGUUAUUGACGCAGAGACCAAUAAUGUACUGGAAUUUCAUGUUCCCAUUACCUCUAUUCGGUCAGGAUUACUGGAUAUCGAGCAUGAGAAAGAAGUGCCCAUGGCAACAGACCAUGCAGGGACGGCGACAUUCCACGGACAAGAUUCAACUCGGGAGACAUUCCUGAAUGAGCUCAAGGAAGCUGUAACCAUUGCAGUGGAGAUAUCGAGACAUGAAGAUACGCCGCUGGGCGUAGAAAAGAAAGUAAUGGUCCAAAUCAACGGUUUCUUCGAAGAUACCGCGCUGGGUGUCAGUGACGAAAGUCCACUAAAACUAUGGUCAACCAAGGUUUCUUUGGAAGACUACCUCUCACGAGGGCCAUCAGCAUGUCUCCGAGAAAGACUAGGUCGAGUCCAGCCCAGCGGCUUGGACGAUUCAUCCAUCAGCAGCUUCGACAGUCCGCGCUCCUCAUAUAUCGCCUCAGCAUCAGACCCAGCUGAGCAUCAUGAGCACCAUGAGGAAAUACGCCCGUUGCGUCCACCCCUGCCGUACAGUCAAAGCUUUGAAGAUGCGGCUCAUCCAUCGCCCAGAAUUCAUAUUACUGAAGCGGCUAUGGAUGGUUAUUUUGAGAGCCCGCCAGCUGAAAGUCCACCGCCAGGUCGCGUUCGCAUUCGCAUCGACGGAGUGCUUCGGAUAGUAGUUCUCAAGGGAGUAGUUCACGACCUGCCUCGUAAGUAUAGUCUCUGCGGCCUUCCAUCCUUCGGAGACAUUAAGCUCUCGCUUCUCACGAUCAUUAGAAGCUCCACAUCACCACCAAGGCAGUCCGCAUUCCUGACGAUUCCAAAGUCCACUCGAGACCGAAUCAAUCAAAACGCGGAGGCACCGGAUAUUCCUCGAUCGGUGCCACGCUUUGAUAGACCUGAACCUGACACCGAGAAACUUGUCUGGAUUCAUGUUCCUUAUACCCAUACCGGUUGGGUAUCACAGGUUAUCCGACGAGCGUGCCAGGAUAGCCAAGAUCCCAACUUUCUACGAAAAUACAUCAAUGACAAGAAUUGGUAUCUUCGGCUCAACAGAGCCCGCCAUCUUGAGCCUCAUGCCCGUUUUGUCCGGCCGGCGUGCAUUCAUUCAAGGCAAAUGGAUAUUUUACAGGGGACUCCAGGCGCCACAGAAGAUCCCCAACUCGCUCUAUAUCUCCACUGGGACACAUAUCGCAACCUAAUUCAACGACGGAAAGUAGUAGCAGACCGACUCCAACAAGGCCGAUCCCGCCCAGUUCCAGGCCGAAUCUCCAAAGCAAGCCUAGAGGCCCAACUAAUAUGGACGUACCUCGGCUGCGAGCCACCAGUCCAUUUCAGACGCACCCUCGACCAAUUCGGGUACCCGAACCUCCGCUCAACAAUUGCACGCGAUGAUGACCAGAUGCUAUGGAAACGAACGCGCAGGCCAGCACGUAUUGACGAGCAACUUAGACAGUAUCUACAGUCAACUCAGGAUGAAGGCGAUGAAUCGGAAUAUGGGGAGUUUAUGGAUGGGAAUGUGUUGAUGGUUGAUCAGCUUUGGCUUUGGAUUGUUGAUUCGAAGACUGUCGUUACUUUCUUUCCAAAUCAGGAGGCUACGACUUCUGAAGGGAAGCUGUUUGAGCAGUCUAAUUUGCAUAGUAGUAUUUACAACGAGUUGAAUGGGGAUUUGGCGAGGAGAUUUGAGACGGCUGGUGAUUUGGCGGCGCUUAUUAUGUUGCAUGCUGUUACUGUUCUUUUGGACAAGACUUUGCAUCAUGAUUUGCAGGUACUGAGGAUUUUUGAAGAGUCGAUUAGUAUUUUGACUGAGUCGGUCACGAAAUCUUUCAAGCGCUUCCGCAAUAGAGGCUUCACUAAUCGUCCAGCGGACCACGAUCGUACUAAAGAUGGCAAGAUUAUGACAGCCGCUCAGCGAGACUACCGCGAACGUCAGGUUGCGAAACGGAAUCGCGAAGAUCUAUCUGUUUUACUUGAACUACGGGAUAUCGAGGACGAGCUGUCCACCAUACUCAAGCUACUCGAUCAACAAGACACUGUUAUCAAGAGUAUGAUCAAGUACUUUGACAGUAGAGGAUAUGGCAAGGUAUUCCUCGACACAGCACAAGGUCGAAUCGACGAAUAUCGUUCCCAGAUUAGCGAGAUGAAAGAAAAUAGCCAUCUAGCUCAGAAAGCAGUCGAAACUCUCCUCGAUCUCAAACAAAAGCAGGCAAAUGUUGACGAAGCCAAAAUGGCCCGAUGGCAGGCCGAAGUUACGCAGACCCAGUCGCGUGCAGUAAUGGUGUUUACAAUUUUCUCUGUAGUAUUCCUCCCACUAUCAUUCUUCACCUCGCUCUUCGGCAUAAACGCCCGAGAAUGGAGCGGCCAGGAUACAAACCUGAAACUAGGCCAGAUGCUCAAGAUAGCAGCACCAUCCUCCUUCGCAAUAAUAUUCCUCUCCCUCCUGCUAGCGUUCAGCGAAACCCUGCGCGAAGCAGUCUCCAAAUCCCAUAAGAUAAGCAUAGGCCUGGUCAAAGAAUUUAUCCUGCACCCCGUCAAAACAGGCCUGCAUUGGGAGGCAAUCACGCAAAGAAUGCCUGAUAUGGUUGUUCCAGAGAACUCGAGUUUGAGGAAGCGGUUUGAUGAUUAUCUGGGGUAUGGGCGGAGAAAUAUGCAGCUUGAUGAGGAUAUUUGGCAGAGGUGGCAGGAGGAUCGGUUGGGUAUUGGGUCUGGGGCGCUUGGGGAUGGGGUUUGGAAGGGGAAAGGGAAGGGGAUUGGGGGAGAGAAGAAGACGGGGAGGCAUUCGGAGGGUAUUAGGACUGGUAACGGUCAAGUUUAG